AAACAAACAGUAAAGAGUAAAAGUAAAAAAGCAUUAUGUAUACAACCAAUCAGAGGCAACGCCCCGCCCAUUUUGACACUCUAGCGUCAAAGCUGCAUGACGCUCCACGCGUUCCGUUCCAUGACCAUGACGCGUCGCGUAGCGCCACCUGGCGACCAGCUGUCACAUGACGCUAUUAAUAACAACAGCGUGACACACGAGAUCAGAAACACACUUCAGGGUCAUUUAUAGCCAUUUCUCUCCUGCUGUGAACAAAAUAACAAACACUGACAAUAAUGACCUUCACACUCAACAAAAGUGAAAUGUUUAUUCAUAAACUGCAGUAAUUGAAUUUAUUUUGUGUGUAUGCAUUAAUCGAUAUCAUGCUUUUUUAUGCAUUUUUGAAUGGAGUUGCAGUACUCGUUCUGGCCGGCAGGUGUCAGUGACGUGCGCGCUCUAGAUUCCUGUGCGUGAUGACAGCGGCGAUGACGUCAGCGCGCGGAAGUAAACAGACCGCAGCGCUUCAUAUGUAAACACGUUUAUGAAAUGUUUACGAUCAUCUGACUGUAUAUUAAAUAAUAUAUAGUUAUCAUUCAAAGUCAACAGUCCGCGGUUGAAUCGUACGCUUGAACGACUCAGAUCAGGGCAGAAGAAAGCGCUGUGAAUGUCAUUGAUUAUUGAUUGAUUGAUUAUUGAUUGAUUGAUGUCAGGUCGGAAUGGCUGCGGGUUUCGCUCCUCCGAAGCUCAAAGACUUUAUUCUGACUGAGAGACUUGGAAGCGGCACAUAUGCGACAGUUUAUAAAGCUUUCAGAAAGACUGACAGCAGGGAGGCGGUGGCUGUGAAGGUGGUCAGCAAGAAAAGCCUGAAUAAAACCUCAAUGGAGAAUCUGCUGACCGAGAUCGAGAUCCUCAAGACAGUCCGGCAUCCUCACAUAGUGCAGCUCAAAGACUUCCAGUGGGACAGCGAGAACAUCUAUCUGAUUCUGGAGUGGUGUUCAGGAGGAGACUUGUCCCGAUUUAUACGCAGUCGCCGGAUUCUUCCAGAGAGAGUCGCCCGUCGCUGCCUACAGCAGAUCGCAUGCGCUCUUCAGUUUCUCCAUGAGAAGAACAUCUCUCAUCUGGACCUCAAACCACAGAACAUUCUGCUGAGUGGAAACAUGCUGAAGCUCGCAGAUUUUGGUUUUGCGCAGUACAUGAGCCCCUGGGACGAGCAGCAGGCUCUGAGAGGCUCUCCGCUCUACAUGGCUCCUGAGAUGGUGUGCAGACGCCAUUAUGACGCUCGCGUGGAUCUGUGGUCCGUCGGGGUCAUUUUAUACGAAGCUUUAUUUGGACGAGCUCCGUUCGCCUCUCGCUCAUUCACUGAACUAGAAGAGAAGAUCCGCAGUGAGAAACCCAUCGAGCUGCCGUCCGGAGCGCGAGUUUCUCGUGACUGUCGAGAUCUGCUGCUGCGGCUGCUGGAGCGAGACCCCGACAGCCGCAUCACGUUUGACGAGUUUUUCCUGCAUCCCUUCGUGGAUCUGGAGCACAUGUCCAGCGCCGAGAGCCUCGGGAAGGCUAAAGCGCUGGUGUUGCAGGCGGUGCAGAAGGACCAGGAUGGAGAGCGAUCGGCUGCGUUAUCUCUCUACUGUAGUGCACUCGAACACUUCGUUCCUGCCAUUCACUAUGAGACAGACAGACAGAGGAAGGAAGCACUGAGACAGAAGGUGAAUCAGUAUGUUUCUCGUGCUGAGGAGCUCAAAGCACUGGUCAGGUCAGACAACAAGAUCAGUUUUGAGGAGGCAAAAUCAACCAGGAACAUAUUAAUAGAAAUGUCUAGAGAUCAGCCGCGUUUGCUGACGGCGCUGGAAGUGGCGUCCACUGCUGUUGCCCGGGAGGAGAGCGGCGCCGAGGACUACGAUACGCUCGAUCUGUACCAGCAGAGUCUGGGCGAGCUGCUGCUGGCGCUGGCGGCUGAAUCUCAGGGCCGGCGCAGGGAGCUGCUCCACAGCGAGAUUAAAAGUCUGAUGAGUCGAGCUGAAUACCUCAAAGAGCUGAUCAAGAUGCGGGAAACUCAGACGGACGAAUCUCUGAAGAAAGACGCCGUUGCUGAAUCUGUGAGAUCCUCCUGUUGUUUACAGUGAGCUGCGGGUUCUCGCCAUGGCAACGGAUGCCGCGUGUCACAUGACCGGAGGAUUCACAGCAUCUGAUUGGCUCCUGGGAGACGGUCAAAAGCAGUCACUCUUAACUGAACUGUCUGAUCUGGUUUGUGUUCAUCUGGACCGGAUCUGAAAUCUCUGUGCUGAGGAACAGACCUUCACACCUGAAGGAAAAGAGUCCUGACUGUAAAAUCACUGCUCUGGAUUUAAAUGCACUCUUCGCUUUCUCACACACACACACACACACACACACACACACACACACACAGAGAGAGAGGCCAACCGCAGCUCUACCGCAGAUCUAGCAGCAUGAGAGAAGUGUGGCUUUCUGUGUGUUCACUCUGGGCUCACACACACACCCGCACAAACACACAUACAUACACACACACACACACACAACUUCACAUGAUCACACACACACACACACACACGCUCACCCACACACAACUUCACAUGAUCACACACACACACACACACACACGCUCACCCACACACACUUCACACGCUCACACACACACAGAGAGAGGCCAACCGCAGAUCUAGCAGCAUGAGAGAAGUGUGGCUUUCUGUGUGUUUACUCUGGGCUCACACACACACACACACACACACACACUACAAAGGGAGUGUUUAGUGUCAGCAGAAUACUGUGUGUUAGACGAGCUGAUUCCUGAUGAUUGUGGGGUUAUUUAUUCACUGUCUGAUUUGAAUGAAAGCAUCAUCUGUAUUUCUCUCUCUUUGAGUGAAUAUUUUCUUGCGUUAUGAAUUUCUGUUGGCCUUAAAUUGUAAUUUCCUCUCCGCAUUCCUCCAGUAAUAUAAUUCCUCCCCUGCAUUCCUCUUUCCUCUGGAAUAAAUCAGCCUGCAGAAACCAUCA